UAAAAUAAAACAAGUGGCGCCAAACAGGAAUCAAACUUUUCACAAUUCAAAAGUUCAAACAAUCAGGAGAGAGAGGGAGAGAGAGAGCGAGAGAGAUGGAGUUGCAGUGCUGCGGAGAGUUCGAAGCAGGCAGAGAGUGUCGGAUUAAGAAUCUGACUGUACAAAAGUACCUCGAGUUCUGUGAGCUGCACAAGCAUUCCGAUCUUACCGUUAAUCAACUCCAAAAGAUUAUAAGCAUUCAUGGAUUCAAACAGCUGAGGAACGUUCGAAAGGAAGUCCUGGUUGACGCGGUAGACUCAAUUCAGCUGAUGGAGCUGACUCGAUCCACCAUCACUGAUGAUAACCUAUCUUCAAAUGCAUUUAUCACUUCUGAAGAGGCUAUUAAGGACCUAACAUGCCUUAACUGGAUUGAAUGUUCUGUGACUUCCUUUAAAACGUUCAAUUCUGUGAACGACAGCCUUAAAAAUGCUAAGGAUGUUGCUUUGAAAUCAAAGACAGAGAAAAAGAAGCCGCAAAAAAUGAGCAGAUUAAAGGAUGUAGCUGAACGGGCUUGCUCUUUGGCCUCUGGUGACCAAUUUUCUGCCAAGGGGGAUACCGGUGAUUGUGCAGCUGCUGAUCUCCUCAGUUUGUCUUCUUUGUUGACAACGGAAACGGAGCUGCCAAAUAUGAGGAGAUCAGAGAAUAUAGUAAAUCCAGCGUGCUAUUUAGCCUCUGGUGACCAAUGUUAUGCUAAGGGGAAUACCAGCGAUUCUGAAGCUUCUGAUGAUCUCACUCUGUCUUCAUUUCUGACAACAAUAAAGAAGAGGCCAAAAAAGAGGAGAUUAGAGGAUACACUAAAGCCAGCUUGCUCUUUAGCCUCUGGUGACCAAAAUUCUGCUAAGAUGAAUAUCGGCAAGCCUGCAGCUUCUGAUCACCUCAGUUUGUCCUGGUUUUUGCCAGAGGCAGGUGAACAAGUUCUUCAAGCACUCACUCAAACACGACCCAGUCCGAAAAGACACACCAGAAAAGAGUUUCAGAAGAAGAAGGAAAUGCAACAAUCAACCAAUUAGUAAGGAAAUUUCGCGCAUUAGGAAGCUUGGAAGGUUAUAUUAGGGGUUGAUCCUUCGUAUUUUGAAAGACAAAAGAAAAUCAACAUUCAGUGAAGUAGUAAGGAUAGUUGUGCUAUCUGUCUGCAAUUUUUUGCAGUAUUAUGUUUCUCAAUGUUGAGAACUUAUAAGUUGUUGAUAGAACUCCAGUCAACUUUAAAACCUAUGACGAAUGAAUUUACAAUCGUUUCCUCAUAUUCCACUUAA